GCGAAGGGUAAAACUUAAAGAGCACUAAUUUGAAGGACAAAAAUUAAAGACCACCCCAAAUGAAGGACAAUCCGCGCAAAAAAAAACAAAAAAAAAAAACAAAAAAACUCAAGUCCAAUCCACAAGCCCAACCGCGCAAAUUGAACCGCUUUGGCGCCUAAAAUACCUUCCCCUCUUCUUCAUAAUUGAAAGGGGUUCAAAUUUGAAAAGCUUGAUCAAUCACUUCACUUAGGUUUCCCAAAAAUUGAACUUUCAAGUCAACAAUCACCAUAACGUAAUGAAGCGAAGAUUCAAAUCUGCUACUAAACGUCUACCAAAAACCCUAACCUCUUCAAUUGGAGCUUUCACUCAACCUCAGGUCCUAAAUGAUGAUCGAUCCGGAUUUUUUAUUGUUAGAUUUGAGCAACGCCAAAAAGGCCAGAUCCCCAGAUAACAAAGCAGAUCCUCUUCCAAAUGUUGGAAGAGUUGCAUUAUCCAAAAAAUAUCAGACAGCUUGCAACCCCAGAUCCGAUAUGCCCAAAACUUCAGAGUAUGCUUUCUUCAAGAAGUUGAAAAAGGAUAUUGGCCAUAGUAAUUCAGAUCUUCUCCACAGAGGGAGUAAUCUAUCAAAGAUCACUCAACCUAGUAAUUGCAUCUCAGACAGACCGAGAACAUACAACGUGCUGAAGUGCCCGGAUAAGGACCUUAAAAUCCCAAUUCAAGUAGAAAAAGAAUAUCAGACUAAUGAAUGCCAGUCCUUUUCACUUGUUGAUGGUGUCAUAGGCAUAUCUAAGGAGGCAAAACUUAAGUCUUUUUCACUCCCUACUGCAGUGACUCCUGUAGAUUCAAAUUUGAGGCUGUCACCCCUUGCAGGUCCAUCAAAUAAUUUAGGGAGCCAAAACUCUGGUAAUGGGAUUUUUGCUGCAAAGAGGCAGAAACUUUGUGAGCGGGCAAAUAAACUGUUUCUUGACGUCGAGAAACUCAAUUCUGAAAGGUCAACCAGGUUUGAUUUGGUUUCUGCACUUCUCAGCCGGCUGUUCCCUGGAAGGAAGGAGGAUGAAGAUCUCUGGGAUUCACAGUUCAGGAAAGGGGAAAAUGCAAGUACUAGCUCACUUGCAUAUGCUAAGCCAGAUCAUGCAAAGACACGACCUCAUUCAAGGCACAUAGAAGAUGUUACAGUACCAGAAUAUAAGAUGAGCCAGAGAGAUUGCUGUCCCAGUAAUUUCUUUGGUAGGCCAAAGGAGAGAGUUCCCCUAGAGUUGGAUAACUUCACUUCUGCCGUUAAUCUCAUUGACUAUGACUUGGAAACUGGUUUGCACUACAAAGUUGUAGAUAAUAGUCAAAUUUCAAAUAACAAAAUAACUAUAAGUUUGUGGGAUCAGAGUGAUUCAUUGCCUUCAUUAUCCUUUGACCGGCAUGGGCUUGCUGAUCAUUUCCUACCAGAUAGACUUCAUAGUGCAAAUAUACCUGUAAGUAGAGGAGCACAAAACUUGUUCUUAGAUUGGGAUUUCAAUGAGGAGAAAAAUGAUCCUGUAUUAGCUAUUACUACAAUCGGAGGGAAUAAAUUGUGUUCACCAAUAGCCACCUCACGGCACAUUGAUUACCAGCAGAGUACAGAAAAGACGCUUGAUGCGCUGGCAUUGUGUUCAUCCUCUUUAUUUGCGAACUCUGGAUAUUCUGAUGCGCUGCCAUAUUUUUGUUCAACAAAAUUUCAGCAGAAACUCUUCCCAACUGAUGUCUGCUCCAUGGAUUUUGGAACGAUUCUUGAACAUGAGGAAUAUGAAGUUGCAAGAAUGGACCAGUUUGAUCUACCCUUGCUAUGUAACUCAGAGCAAGAUCCUCUGGAAGGUCGUAAUCCUGAGAAUCAAUUUGAAAUUGGCAAUGAAAUCGUCCCCUAUCUAAGUCAUCAUGGGAAGAAUCAUUGUGAUUCUGAUGCCCUCUUUUCAGCAACCAGUUCCCCGUUGCAGAGGGGUUUAUCUACUUAUCAUGCUCUAAGACUGCCUCAUAGAGAAGAUGCAAUUGGUCUAACACAAGAGGAGAUCAAAAACAGCUUGUAUGGUUCAAACCCAAGAGAUAUUGCUCCUCAAUCAGUUGAACAGGCACUCAACUCUGACGUCUGGUUCUGUUGCAACUCUGAAGUAGCUUGUGACAAAGCAAGUGGUGGAUCUCUAUUACUUGAUAAUGCAAGCUGGAUUACAUCUGUUGAAGAAAUUUCUCCUGAUCAUUCUGAUGAAUGGAUAUACAUCUGACGGAUCCUAUAAUAAUAGGAUGGGAUUGUUAGGUUGCCCCUUAUCCCAGUAAAGGUAUGUUCUUCUCCGUGAUCGUCUGACAUAUGGCCCUGUUAUACUUAUGUUGUGCUUGAGAUUCAGGACCAUGUAAAUACAUUUAGUUCAAAACCAAAUAGACUUCUUCUUUUCCAAUAGAAUGGAAUUCCACAAAGGAAAACAUUGUUCAUUUCUGGGCGUUUCUUGCUCUAGCAUGACAUUAAUCUACUAUGUGCAAGUCACCAUUUUCUGGAAGCA